AUGACCGUACAGCAACAGCCGCGGGCUUUGCGGCCGACGCCGGGCUGGGUAGCAAGAGCAGGAGCAGGAGCAGGAGCGGCAGCAACAACGGCAACAGGAGGAGCAGUCCCACUGAGAACGACAACGAGGACGACAACGAACCCAGCGUUGCACAGAGGCAGCCAACCUCACCCUGCCCCCAGUACUGGCACAUUCAUUCGCCCUUCUGCGCCUCUCCGUCCUGGCACCCCAUUCGCGCACCAGUCGCCUACACCGACGGCGGGGACUCACCAGGCCGCGAUCCCAGACAGUCACGCGCGGCCGCUACCACCGACACAGUCACCGGCACAGACACCAGCACCAUACCGAUACAGCUGCUACGCGUGCCAAUAUGUCUCGCAGAGGGUCGGGUGCGUGGUGAACCACAUGGUCAACCAGCACGGCGUGGAUCGGGCUCGGGUGGACAUAGCCAGGAUCGAGGCUUCAAGAGUACAGAUGCUGUGGUGA